GGCGCUAUGAAGAUGUGUACGAUAACCAGCUUAACUUGGCCUACUGUUUCAAUGACCUUGAAGACAAAUGGUUAAGUAACUACUUUUACGAGCAAUGCUUUAACACUGCUCAACUAAUAAAAAUUGAUGGUGGGAAAAGAGAGGCGCAAGCACAUGCAAAUAUGGGCCUCAUCAAUGAGGAACAAGGUCAUGUCACGAAAGCUGCUGAGCAUUAUGAAGCAUUUUACCAGCUAACACAGGGUUCGACAUGGAAGGAUGAGACAGGCCAUACUUACAAUUCACUGGCAUGUGAGCAUCUCUGGAGAAUUUAUACGUUACUAGCAGACAAAAUGCUAGAAAAUAAAGAACACAAACAGGCCAUCAAAACUCUAAUAAAAGCUUUAAAAAUGGCAAAAGAAGGAGGUGAUAUGAAGAUGGAAGGAGAAGCUGCAUAUUGCUUAAGUUUAGCGUAUCAAUUUGCUGGAGACCAACAGACAGCAUUAUCAAUUUUGAACACUUCUGUAAAAAUCUUCACAGCACUUUGUGACUCUGCUGGCCUAGGAAGAGCAUAUGCAGCUCUAGCCGAGAUCCUGGUGAGUCAGGGAAGAGCAUCUGAAACUAUGAAAUCCUUGGGAGAGUUUAUGAAGGCUGCUGAGGACUCUCAUUCAAGCCAAAGCCUGGUGGAUGCGUGUGUAUUACUUGGGAAUAUUUACAAUGAAAGA